CUUCCAUCCGUCUUGCAUUAUGCUUGCUUCUACCAGUGGCUCCUCCUCCUUACCUUUGUUUGGUAGUUUCCACCUUUCCUUACCGCUCCUAGUAGCAUCCUUGCUGGUUCAGACCUUGCUCUCUCGCGAAUCUGGCCACCAGCACCACCUGGAUGACCUUUCUCGCCAAGAGCUUUUCUCUGAGGCUUUGCGAACGAGUCGUCGUGGUCUCUUGCGCCUUCGUGCUCGCACCUACGUUUGAGAACCCGUGAUUCGCGGCGGAGCAUCCGGCGACGUCUCCGUCCUUCAGGAAGCGUCGUUUCACAAGGUCACGGUUCACGUUCUUCAGUUUCAUUGUGUUCAUAGUCGCGCGGAUCCCUCUCGGACCAUCGGACGGCUCACCGUGAUCCGUUUCCGGGAGAUCUCAGUUUCAAAUUAUCAAGUCGGACAAAUCUGCGCAUCGCCAGCACACCAAAUCGCCGUUAAGGGGUCUUUAUCCCUCCCUUAUCCGAACCCUCCGAACCCGCAUACGAACCCUCUUUCGCGUGGUUCUAUUGCGUGGCCCUAUCGCGUGGUUCAUCCAGCCAUGGCGGCCGAAGUCAGCCCAUCUUCAACAGGGCUGCUACUCGGCGUUGGCGUUACCUUCUGCAGCUUGCCUCAGGGCCCGGUCACCAGCAUCACCAUCGGCAGUCCCCCCAGUCACGGCAGCCACAGCUCCCAGGACAAGAGCUGGGAUCACCCUGAUGCCGCCGCCGCACAAUCCCCUCCGCUCUCGGACUCCCCCGACGCAUUCGCGGCCUCGCUUGCGGCGGAGAAGUUCGCUCUGCGCCAGAGCGGAGCAGCGCAGGAGGAGCGCGGAGCAGAACGCACAGCGGCGCGCAGUCCCGACGCAGCGGCGGAAGGCGAGAGCCAAUCCGUGUGCGAGGUGCUACGGUGGGGACAAAAGAAGCGGCUGCGGUACGUGCGCAGCCAGAACCAAGCCGGCAGCAGCCCGCCCUCGCAUCCGCCCUUGGUUGCUGGCGCUCCUGUGACGAGCAUCGAAGCGGGCCCUGCAGGCUAUGCCGCGUGGAGGGACGAGAAGAAAGGCGGGUGGAAGGAGGAGUGGAGGGAGAGCGGCGAGCGAGCGGGAGAGGACGCUUGCGGGUUGUUGAAAGGGACGAAGAAGGGCGCAGAAGCGCGUGCGAUGGAGGGAGCGGAAGGAGCGGAGGGUGUGGAAGGUGCGGAGGGGGGUGGAGCAGAGGCAAGCAGGAUGGGGGAGGAAGCGGUAAAGGAAGAGGCUGGGCGUGGCUCGUCUGCCUUAGCCGCGAGAUCUAUGGAGUUUUCUUACCCUUGCAAGGCUAAGCGUGCGUGUGCGCGCAACCACGAGCCGAGCUUGCCUGGCCUUUGCACGAGGGGUGAGAAAGAGGCUCGUGGGCGAGGCUCCAGGGAGCAGCACGAGCAGCAGCGCGUGGAUGACGUUAACGACGGCGCUAGGGCUCAUGCUUACGCUGAUGCUCAUGCUCAUGCUGAUGCUGAUGCUGAUGCUGAUGCUGAUGUUUCUGGUGGUGAUGCGGACGAGGCGGAAGGAUACGAGGUAGAUGCGGGGGAGGGGGCGUUCAGUGAUGAUGACUCGUGCCCCACUCGCAGCUACGCCAGGCGAAAGCGGCAUCAUGGCCAGCCGCAAAACGCGCGGGAGCACAAGGGGCGAGACAGGGAGAGAGGCAAGGAGCGGAAGAACAUCCGGCACGGGGAGAAGGGCCGUAAGGCUGGCAGCAAGUCAAGCAGCGCCGUACUGGCAGGCGAGGAUCAGUGGGAGGAUCACAGCAGCUGCAGGCUGAUCCAAAGCUAUGAAGAUCUCUUCAGCACGCCACACCCCUCCGUGGCCUCGUUGAUCUUCUCUGGUCAUUGCCCUCUCUCUGCGGCAUCUGCAGCAGCGGCAGCGGCAGCAGCAGCAGCUGCGGCACUGCCGACAGCAGCAGAAGCAGCGUUUGUGGUCCCCAAGUUUCUGAUCAGCCUGUCGCGGAUUGAGAAGGAGGAGGAUUUCUGGGCCAUUCGAGGAGGGAGGCUGCCGCUGAGGCCGAAGAAGAGAGCCAAGGCAGUGGAAAAGGGGCUCCAGCGUCUGCAACCCGGCGCUUGGCUGACUGGAGUUACUUGCGAACGGUAUCAAGUCAGAGAGCGCAAGUCCAAGAAGAAAGCCAGGGGGCUUCGUGGGAUGAGCGGGAGGGGAAGCGACACUGAGUGACAGGACAUGACACUGGGCAGGUUACUUUGGUCGAAGAUGUUCUGGUUGUGAAGACUGGGCUGGGUGAUUGCCCUGCCAGCCAACACAAGACAUUGCUGAGCUUGCACAAGCAGGCCAUGAUAAGUCAUUGUUCUGUUGCAGUCUUCUAGAUAAGCUCACAGUUAGGGCAAGACGAUAUGAUGGCUAGAAAUUAUUGGUACAGCCGAUCUUUUCCCAGGAGAUGUAGCAUGUAAUACUGAGAACACCGUGACA